CACAUUAACUCAUCUUUGUUUCCUUCUCUCUCUCUCUAUAAGCCAUAGCUAUGGUGUUUCCAGAGCUUCUAGUGAUUCUUGCAGAAUGGGUUCUUUACCGUCUUCUUGCUAACUCAUGUUACAGAGCUGCAAGAAAGCUUAGAGGCUAUGGUUUCCAGCUUAAAAAUUUCUUAAACCUCUCCAAAUCACAAUCUCAACACAACACUUCUCAUCUUCUUAAUAAUCAACAACAACAACAACAAAAUCAAGAUUCUCUAAACCCUCUCUUCCCAAGCAUUACAAAGUAUGAAAACAGAGGAUGCUCUGUUUCUCCUGAUGACACGUUGGUCUGUGACAUCGAUGGUGUUCUUUUAAGACAGCUUUCUAGCAAACACUUCCACGCCUUCUUCCCUUACUUCAUGCUCGUAGCCUUCGAAGGAGGAUCGAUCAUCAGAGCGAUCAUUCUCCUGUUCUCUUGUUCUUUCCUCUGGGCACUGCCGCCAGAAACCAAACUCAAAGUCCUCACUUUCAUAACUUUCUCUGGUCUUAAAGUCAAAGACAUGGACAACGUUUCAAGGUCGGUUCUACCCAAGUUCUUCCUCGAGAGCUUGAGCCUCCAGGUUUACAACGUCUGGGCUCGAACUGCGUACUCCAAAGUCGUGUUCACGAGCUUGCCUCAAGUGAUGGUGGAGAGGUUUCUUAGAGAGCAUCUCAACGCUGAUGAUGUGAUUGGGACUAAACUGCAAGAGAUAGAAGUUAUGGGGAGGAAAGUCUACACCGGCUUAACUUCAGGAUCUCUCGUGAAACAUAGAGCAGCCAAAGACUACUUUGAUAACAAUAACAAGAAGAAGCCUGUACUUGGUAUUGGAAGCUCUUCAAGCGUUCAAGAUCACACCUUACUCUCCAUUUGCAAAGAAGCUUACGUUUGUAAUGAAGAAGACUCCAUGAACACUCUGCCUAGAGAAAGAUACCCAAAGCCAUUGAUAUUCCAUGACGGGAGAUUAGCUUUCUUGCCGACACCAUCAGCUACACUCGCUAUGUUCACAUGGCUCCCUAUCGGAUUCUUCCUAGCUGUCUUCAGGAUCUUGAUAGGAGUCUUGCUUCCUUACCACGUUGCCAACUUCCUGGCUGCUAUCUCCGGCGUUAGGAUCACUUUCAAGACGCAUAACUUGUAUAACGGCCCUCCGGAGAAAGGUAAGAGUGGGGUGUUGUAUGUGUGCAACCAUAGGACCCUUCUUGAUCCUGUUUUUCUCACAACUUCUCUCGGCAAGCCCUUGAUCGCGGUUACAUACAGCCUAAGCAAGUUCUCCGAGCUCAUAGCGCCUCUCAAGACCGUUAGCCUCAAGAGAGACAGGAAGAAAGACGGCGAGGCGAUGCAGAGACUUCUAAGCAAAGGAGACCUAGUGGUUUGUCCUGAAGGGACCACUUGUAGAGAGCCUUAUCUUCUGAGAUUCAGUCCUUUGUUCGCUGAGUUGAGCGAGGACAUUGUUCCUGUGGCUGUGGAUGCUAGAGUGAGCAUGUUCUACGGGACGACCGCGAGUGGGCUCAAGUGUUUAGACCCUAUCUUCUUUCUGAUGAACCCUAGGCCGGUUUAUUUUCUUGAGGUUUUGAAGAAGUUGCCUAAAGAGAUGACUUGUGCUGGAGGUAAGUCAAGCUUUGAAGUUGCAAAUUUCAUACAGGGAGAACUUGCUAGAGUUUUGGGAUUUGAGUGCACUAAUCUCACAAGGAAGGAUAAGUACUUGGUUCUUGCUGGAAAUGAAGGCAUUGUCACAUAAAAAUAACCAGUUCUUUUUUUGUUUAAUAGUUAAACGUUUUUAUUUCAGGACUUAGAUGUUAUAAAAUUCUAUUGGCAUCAUUUCACUUUUUAUCAUCUUUUUUCUUUCUCAGGACUACUGAUAUGUAAUGGGAAUGUUUUGGUUAUACAUAGUCUUUGUU